GAGUGCAUGCAGUUAGGGUGCAGAGCUGAAGCUGGACUCUCACGCGCAGCUUCUCUACAACCUGCCAAAUUUCUCAAGAAGUGUGUUUUCUUCCUCAUGUUAUUGGAGCUGCUCGUUUUCACCAAAGAUUCUUUUCUUUAAAACUGCGCCGGAGGAGGUGGGCUGCUUGGAUGGAGUUCUCACUUUGAUGUUAUUUCAGUAACCUUUCACAACAAAGCGGAGGAUCCUUUGGAGUGCACAGCAGGAGCUUUCUUACAGAUGCUAAAGCGAUGUUGUGAGUGUGAUCUCAACGGUCCAGACCACUAAAGCAAAAUGAAAGACGACUUCACAGAUGAAGAGGAGGUGCAGUCCUUUGGCUAUAAAAGGUUUGGAAUUCAGGAGGGAACUGAGUGCACCAAGUGUAAAAAUGACUGGGCUUUGAGAGCAGCCAUCGCUCUGCUCUACGUGCUCUGUGCACUGUUGACCAUCGCCGUGGCCGUGCUCGGGUUCAAAGUGGUCCAGAGAAUGGACAAUGUCACCGAGGGCAUGCAGAACUAUGGAGGCAAGAUCAACGCUGUGGAGACAGAUUUGAGGAAACUAGAUAACCAGACAGGAGAAAAAUCUGUUCAUGCCUCAAGUGAAAUCAAAAUGUUCAAGACAGACCUGGAGGCACUGCGGAACCAGCUGAAUGACGUUGUCCUGAGAACAACCAGCAACAGUGACGUACUUGAAGAACUCCGGGUCUCAGGAGACGACAUGCAGAACGGCCACGUGUCCUUGCAGAGUUUUCUGGAAAGCAACACUGCCUGCCUUCAAGGGGUCAACCGGACUCUGGCGUCUUACAGUGGAAUGAUCGAUGACCUCCAGACCGACACCGCUCGGUUGCAGUCAGAGAUCCAGGGCCAGGCCACAGAGCAGAGCCAGACCCAGGUCAGGGUGGACACCCUGAACAUCACGCAGACCCAGCAGCGAGGUCUGCUCAGUGCUCUGCAUCAGACUGUGGAGGAUGUGGGUCAGGCGGUUCAGAGGCUGAAGAACGACUAUCAGGUUCUGCAGCAAACCGCCCGUCAGAUGCGAACCGACACCGAGUGGCUGAAAGAGAAGGUCCAGAACCUCCAGGUGUUGGCAGCUAACAACUCUGCCCUGGCAAAGACCAACGGGGACGCUCUGGAUGACCUGGGAGUCCAGCUCAGUACUCUGGCCAGCCAGAUCCAGAACGCCUCAGCCGUCAGCGAGGGUCACGACCAGAGCUUACGAGAGCUGAUGGACCGGCAGAGAGACCACGAUAACGCCACCUCUCUCCGGUUCGACGAGAUGGAAGCCCGCCUGGACAGCCAGGAGAGCGACCUGGACCAGGUGACGGGAAACGUGAGCGUUGCCGCUCAGAUCCUGGGCGUCAUCAGCUCGGACCUGAACGGCCUGCGGUCCUGCGCCGAGACGGUCCUGCGCCACUCGGACCUGCUGCUGGUUCUGAACGCCACGGUGCUGGAGGCCCGGGAGGACGGCGGCCGGCUGAGCGCCCAGCAGGACCGGCUGGAGGCCCGGCUGGACCAGGAGGUCGGCAGCCUGGCGGCCAUGAUGGAGGAGCUGAAGCUGGUGGACAGCAGGCACUCCCAGCUCAUCACCAACUUCACCAUCCUGCGAGGUCCACCAGGUCCCAAAGGCCCCAAAGGAGACAAGGGUCCACAGGGACCAGUGGGCCAGUCUGGACCUAAAGGAGAUAAAGGAGAGAAAGGCUUACUGGGACUGGUGGGACCCAAGGGAGAGAGAGGUGCUGCUGGACCUCCGGGUGUCGCUGGGCCAAAAGGCACAGCUGGACCCCGAGGCCUUCCAGGAGCUAAAGGAUCCAGAGGGCCUGGAGGUCGAUCUGGAACCCCUGGAGAGAAGGGAGAGCCCGGCGCGCCGGGGCUUCCAGGUCUCGAUGGACAGCCAGGGACGCCAGGACCAACAGGACCUCAGGGCCCCAGGGGAGCGCUGGGCCCUGUAGGGUCAGAGGGGCCUCGGGGGCCUGUGGGCCCCAUUGGGCCCCCUGGUCCUCCAGGUCUGCCAGGGCUGCCGGCACCGGUCCCUCCAGUCGUUCUGAGGCCCCGUCAGCCCACCCAGCCCACCACGGUGUCUGAGGAGCCCAGACCGCCGGAUGCCACCAAGGAGCCGCAGGGCCCGGGGUCCCGGCAGGUCCAGACCCCCGCCGGUCCCACCCCGGACCCCGGCUGCCUCGGCGACUUCAGGAAGUCUGGAAGCAGCUGCUACUUCUUCUCCUCCGGCGCUCAGAGACUCAACUUCGACGAGGCCCUCCAGUUCUGCUCCAACAGGUCGGCUCAUCUGCUCAUCAUCAAUGACGACGAGGAGCAGCAAUUCAUCAGAAAAGCGAUCGCGGGUAAAGGCUACUUCUGGCUGGGACUCACGGACAGGGAGGAAGAAAACGUCUGGAAGUGGGUGGAUGGGACUUUACCCAUCUUUAAGAAGUGGAAGCCGGGGCAGCCUGAUAACUGGACCCACGGUCAUGAGGAUGGCGAGGACUGCGCCGGCCUCAUCCACGACGCCAACUGGAAUGACUUCUACUGCACUGACCGCAUCGGCUUCAUCUGCGAACGAUCAUCUGAACUGGAGGCUCCAGUCUAGUAACAUCAGAGGGGUGGAGCUGAGGAGGAGCUGCAGGGUCAAACCAAACAUGACCGGAGGACUGGAGUUUGUCCCUGUUACUGCAUCCACCCUCCCUCUGUCCUGGAAGAACAGAGCAUGCACCAUCAGCCAGGCAGAGCUGCUGCUGUGGCCGCUGCGCACGUGAGGAUCCGUAAAAAAUGGGUUUAAACAAGGUAUCAUCCAGUUUAACUUCACUGCAUUCCAAUAUCAAAUAUCAGAGAUGUCAGAGUUGUGUUGAGGAUGGACUUUGUAGAUGCAGAGGAAGAAGUGAGUGGAAGAGGAAGAGGAAGAGCUCAGGUCAGAGGAGACGACCCUGAGCUGCUGUGACCUGAACAACAUCUACAUGUUUUUGUCACGUAGCAUUGUAAGAGCAGUGAGUGAAACAUGAAUAUGAUUUGUAUAAUCAGUAGUUGUUGAUCUUUGUAAAGUGAUGUGAUGCUUGAUGACUGAAAAGUAGCUUGUAAUCUGAUUAUAAAUCAUCAUGCUCUGAUGGA